CUAUCCGGGCCAAGCCUUGCUGUAGUGGGAGAUCCCUCCCAUAUCUCCAUGCUGUGUCACCACUACAGCAAGCAACAUCUGCAAACAUCCACAAGGAGCCAAAGAGGCGAAGGGAGGAGCAAUGGAGAUCAAGGACGAAGAGGCGGCAGAGGUGGUGGCGGCGCCAUCACGGUUCAGGAGGAUAUGCGUCUUCUGUGGGAGCAGCCGUGGCAAGAAGAAGAGUUACCAGGAUGCUGCCAUUGAGCUAGGAAAGGACCUGGUGGCAAGAAACAUUGAUCUGGUGUAUGGAGGAGGGAGUGUAGGGUUGAUGGGCCUGGUCUCUCAAGCAGUGUACAGUGGAGGAAGGCAUGUCAUCGGGGUGAUUCCCAAGACCCUCAUGCCUAGAGAGAUAUCAGGUGAGACAGUGGGGGAGGUGAAAGCAGUGGCCGAUAUGCACCAGAGGAAGGCUGAGAUGGCCAGGCAGUCCGAUGCCUUUAUAGCAUUGCCCGGGGGAUAUGGAACACUUGAAGAGCUGCUUGAAGUGAUUGCAUGGGCUCAACUUGGUAUUCAUGAAAAACCGGUCGGACUGCUAAAUGUGGACGGCUACUACGACCCGUUGCUGUCUUUCAUCGACAAAGCUGUUGAAGAAGGGUUCAUCAAGCCAACUGGUCGCCGUAUCAUCGUCUUGGCUCCAACACCUAAGGAACUGAUCGAGAAGUUAGAGGAGUACUCGCCUCAACACGAGGAAAUCGUGCCGAAGAUAAAAUGGGAGAUGGAACAGCUGAGCUACUCUCAGAACUACGAGAUCCCCAUGCCGAAGGAGGGGAAGAUAAUCAUGGAAGCGCAACGGGGAAGCAGGCUGUGGAUGUAGUGCUAGUACUAGUGGUCAACAGUCAAUUCAACUAGUCGACGAGCUAGUAGUACUGUAAGAUAGGUUUGCUUGCAUAUUGCCAUUAUCUGAACUUCUAGUGUAGACAAACUAGGAGCAUAUGCAAAUGUCCCCUUGUUCGACCGUAUCAUGUCGAAUGUGCUUAAUCUUGAAACCUGUUGGCUGAUCAUUCAUGUAAGAGCAGCCUAUGCUACCUGUGCUAAAAAAUUAGUAGUGCUAAAGUAGUAGCAUAUGCUAUCGGUGUACAUGAAUACUCUUAUUACUG